AUGGUCAAGGCCUGCGUUGCUGGAGCGUCUGGGGGCAUUGGACAGCCGUUGUCCCUCCUCCUCAAGGCUUGCCCCCUCGUUGACGAGCUUUCUCUCUAUGAUGUUGUCAACACGCCCGGCGUUGCCGCCGACCUUUCUCACAUCUCGACGCCAGCAACCGUCACUGGUUUCCUGCCUCCGAAUGAGGGCAUGAAGCAGGCCUUCACUGGCUGCGACAUCGUCGUCAUUCCUGCUGGCAUUCCCCGCAAGCCUGGAAUGACUCGCGACGACCUCUUUAAGAUUAACGCUGGCAUUGUACGAGAUCUUGUCAAGGGUGUCGCAGAGGCCUGCCCAAAGGCCUUCGUCCUGGUCAUCUCCAAUCCCGUGAACUCGACUGUCCCGAUUGCUGCUGAGGUGCUAAAGGCCGCUGGCGUCUUUGACCCGAAGAAGCUAUUCGGUGUCACCACUCUUGACGUCGUCCGUGCCGAGACAUUCGUUGCUGGCAUCUCUGGCGAGAAGAACCCAUCCAAGACGGUUAUCCCAGUCAUUGGUGGUCACUCUGGAGAGACCAUUGUUCCCCUCUUCAGCCAGGCCAAGCCCGCGGUUGACAUCCCAGCCAAGGACUACGAUGCUCUCAUCAACCGCGUCCAGUUUGGUGGUGACGAGGUCGUUAAAGCUAAAGAUGGCCUUGGCUCUGCUACUCUUUCCAUGGCCUACGCCGGCUUCCGAUUUGCCGAGAAGGUGAUCAAGGCUGUUAAGGGCGAGAAGGGCAUUGUCGAGCCUAGCUUCGUCUACCUCCCAGGUGUCCCAGGCGGCGAGGCUAUUGUAAAGACUACCGGCUGUGAAUUCUUCUCUGUCCCAAUUGAGCUUGGACCCUCCGGCGCCGAGAAGGCUAUCGAUGUCGUCAGCACCGCCAACGACGCCGAGAAGAAACUACUCGAGGCUUGUUACACUGGCCUGAAGGGAAACAUCGCCAAGGGCGUUGAAUUCAUCCAGAACCCACCACCAAAGUGA